GAGUCGAGCUGAUGGUGAGGAUAUAAGCUUGUGUGAAGCCAUGCUAAGUGUCUCCUAUUGGACAGGACGCCGCUGGUGAGUAGCUCAGGUGACAAAAUGAGGAGCAAGAUCCAUUGCUGUUUGGCCUUUGCCCUCUUCCUGAUGGUAGCCUUGGCUGACCACAAUCAUGAUCAUGAAGGACAUUCAGGAGAUCACAAUCAACAUCUCCACCACGGCAAGAAUGAACCUCACCCCAGUCAUGAUGGAAAAGAUGAAUUGUGCCAUAAACUUGCACCUCGCAAUGCUGACUUCGCCUUCAACCUGUACAAUAAACUCUCCAGCCACGCUGACGCCAAAGGCAAGAACAUUUUCUUUUCUCCACUGAGCAUCUCCAUGGCUCUGUCCAUGCUGGCUCUGGGGGCCAAGGGUGACACACACUCACAAAUCUACAACGCUCUGGGCUACAGUAACUUCACAGAGGAUGAGGUCAAUGAAGCCUAUGAACAUCUGCUGCACAUGUUGGGCCACAGCAAGGAUGCCAUGCUGCUAGAAACAGGAGGAGGUCUGGCCAUCCGAGAAGGCUUCAAACCUGUUGACAAAUUUCUGAAGGAUAUUCAGCACUUCUACCAUGGAGAGGCCUUCACUGUGGACUUUUCCAAUCCUGAAAUUGCUGUCCAAGAGGUCAACAAGUUCAUUGCCAAGAAGACCAAAGACACCAUCACUGACAUGGUCAAAAGCCUGGACGCAGACACGAUCAUGGUACUUAUCAACUACAUCUAUUUCAGAGGCAAAUGGGAGAAGCCUUUUGAAGUUGAGCAGACUCACAAAGCUGACUUUCACGUAGACGAGAACACUAAGGUGACUGUGGACAUGAUGAGGAAAACCUCCCGCUUCGAGUUCUACCGGGAUAGGGAUAACUUUACCUCUGUCAUCAAGUUGCCCUACAAAGGCAACACCUCUAUGAUGAUUGUUCUGCCAGAUGAGGGAAAACUAGAGGAGGUGGAGAAACACCUCAGCAAGGAAGACCUUGUGUACUGGCAUGACAAACUCUUCCUAAGCUCUGUGGAUUUGUCUAUGCCCAAGUUUUCCAUUUCUGCUUCCUCCGCACUUGAGGACAUUCUGAAGGAACUGGGUAUGGUUGAUGCUUUCUCUGACAAAGCAGACUUCUCAGGGAUGAGUGCAGAGACCAAACUGAAGGCUUCCAAGGUUCUUCACCAGGCAGUCCUAAAGGUUGAUGAGAAAGGUACUGAAGCAUCUGCUGCCACCACUAUAGAGAUCAUGCCCAUGUCUCUUCCAGACACUAUGGACCUCAACAGACCUUUCAUAGUCUUCAUUGUAGAGAACACCACCCACAGCUUCCUGUUCAUGGGCAAGGUCAACAACCCUGCUGAGCAGACGCCGCUGGUGAGUAGCUCAGGUGACAAAAUGGGGAGCAAGAUCCAUUGCUGUUUGGCCUUUGCCCUCUUCCUGAUGGUGGCCUUGGCUGACCACAAUCAUGAUCAUGAAGGACAUUCAGGAGAUCACAAUCAACAUCUCCACCACGGCAAGAACGAACCCCACCCCAGUCAUGAUGGAAAAGAUGAAUUGUGCCAUAAACUUGCACCUCGCAAUGCUGACUUCGCCUUCAACCUGUACAAUAAACUCUCCAGCCACGCUGACGCCAAAGGCAAGAAUAUUUUCUUUUCUCCACUGAGCAUCUCCAUGGCUCUGUCCAUGCUGGCUCUGGGGGCCAAGGGUGAAACACACUCACAAAUCUACAACGCUCUGGGCUACAGUAACUUCACAGACGAUGAGGUCAAUGCAGCCUAUGAACAUCUGCUGCACAUGUUGGGCCACAGCAAGGAUGCCAUGCUGCUAGAAACAGGAGGAGGUCUGGCCAUCCGAGAAGGCUUCAAACCUGUUGACAAAUUUCUGAAGGAUAUUCAGCACUUCUACCAUGGAGAGGCCUUCACUGUGGACUUUUCCAAUCCUGAAAUUGCUGUCCAAGAGGUCAACAAGUUCAUUGCCAAGAAGACCAAAGACACCAUCACUGACAUGGUCAAAAGCCUGGACGCAGACACGAUCAUGGUACUCAUCAACUACAUCUAUUUCAGAGGCAAAUGGGAGAAGCCUUUUAAAGUUGAGAAGACUCACAAAGCUGAUUUCCAUGUAGACAAGAACACUAAGGUGACUGUGGACAUGAUGAGGAAAAUCUCCCGCUUCGAGUUCUACCGGGAUAGGGAUAACUUUACCUCUGUCAUCAUGGUGCCCUACAAAGGCAACACCUCUAUGAUGAUUGUUCUGCCAGAUGAGGGAAAACUAGAGGAGGUGGAGAAACACCUCAGCAAGGAAGACCUCAUGUACUGGCAUGACAAACUCUUCCUAAGCUCUGUGGAUUUGUCCAUCCCCAAGUUUUCCAUCUCUGCUUCCUCCUCAUUUGGGGACAUUCUAAAGGAACUGGGUAUGGUUGAUGCUUUCUCUGACAAAGCAGACUUCUCAGGGAUGAGCGCAGAGACCAAACUGAAGGCUUCCAAGGUUCUUCACCAGGCAGUCCUAAAGGUUGAUGAGAAAGGUACUGAAGCAUCUGCUGCCACCACCAUAGAGAUCAUGCCCAAUUCUCUUCUAGGCACUAUGGACCUCAACAGACCUUUUAUAGUCUUCAUUGUUGAGGACAGCACCAAGAGCAUCCUGUUCAUGGGCAAGGUCAACAACCCUGCUGAGCUGUAAGAGUCAGGCCAGUUAGCACUUUUAGCAGCUCCCUUCAGGUGUAGUGUAGGCUAGGGGUAGCUCAGGAGGUAAGGCAUUGGACUACGGUUUGGAAGAUCCCACACUCAAACCCCACAGCCACCAAGUUGCCACAGUUGGGCCCUUAACCCUCAAUUGCUCAGAUGUAUAAUGAGAUAAAAAUGUUAGUUGCUCUGGAUAAGAGCGUCUGCCAAAUGCCUUUAUGUAAAUGUAGUGUAAGCUCGAUAUUGUUGCUGUAGGAGCAAAAAAAGAAUAAGAAGUUUUUAUUUAAACCUCAUUUAAACAUUGCCUGUAUCUCAGUGUUUCUCAUUUACACAGAAUACAGACUUAUCACUUGCUGUUAUAAAUCUCAAUAAACAUUUUCAAAUUA